AUGUCAGCACGAUUGCAACAGAUAGCUAAAGAGUCAGUCCGCAAGAAAGACGAUCGGGGGGAAAAUCUUAUUAUCUCCCUCGAUGGAAGAAAGCGCGAUGCUCCCUUGAAGGACGAGGAUUUUGUUGCGCUUGCCCCCCACAUCUUUACAGCCGUGAAGGAUUUUUGCGUGGCGUUGGCACGGAGCAACAAGAUUGCUCACGUUGAGUUUCAUGGAGAAUGCAACGAGUGCCGAGAUAAGGGUGCUGCUGCAAUCUGCGGCAUGCUCAUCAAGCUGCGGCAGAGCAACCUUGCCGCAGUCAGAGCGAUAUUCUUCUGGAAAAAUGAGCUCGAGUUGGUAGCGAAGUCCACCCUCCCUGGACAAGAAAGGUUUUGGGUUGCGGAGGUUCACUUGUCUCACAACAACAUCACUGCUGCCGGGGCAUUUUCUCUUUUCGAGGCUGCGACUGGUUAUCCGAGAAGUCUCUACGGUGGGCUGGUUCCCCUGUGGUUGAGGUUGGAGCACAAUGCGAUUGAUAUUUCAAAGAUAGGAUCAAGAAUGCCACGAUACUGCAGAGCUGAGAAUCGAGGAGAUCGGACUCGAGGGCUACAACGAGCGGUUCAUGACGGAAACUGUGGCGUGAGCCAAUGCUGCCAAGCGAACAUUCCUGCCUUGCACUUGCACUUGUUCGACAAUCAAGAUCGGCUGUCCUCUCAGAAAGGCUACGGUGUUCCUGCAAGGGAGAACUACAACGACACCAAUGUUAAAGUACCCCGUCAAUCUAGCUUCAGCUCUCGUUCUUAUUGGACUGAUUGCAGACGUUUCAAGCCGAUGAAUUUCCUGCACUCCCUGGUGCUCGAGCAGCUGGCUGACUACAAUGUAGCUUCAUCUCCUGCCAACGUCAACGCUCCACCGCAAGUUUCUUCCCCUUCACAUGCACUGAUUGAUUCACGAACCAAAGAAAGCUCGAAGAGUGUUAAGGAUUCUGCUGCCAUGGAACAGGUGUUUGCUUCAGCAGAAACACUCCGAUUCCUUCGUCCUGAUCAGCCCCAGCAGAACCGUGGUCAUGCUCGAGAGCAGCAGGCGGAGAAAGAUGCGCCGAACCACCUGAAGCCUCCUCCCAACGAUGGUUUGUCGAAUGGAACAAAAACUCAGAUCCUCUCUAACCCCGUCAACAACCACCGAUGGCCCAACUUGCAAGAUGUUGCCAAAGAAGUCAAUGGAGAUGGCGGCUCAAGUCAGUCCUCGAUCUUGCCCAGUCCUCCCCUUCCACUCCGUCCCCAUCCUCAAGCGCCGGGUGACAGUAGGGAUUUUCCCCAGCAUCCUCAGUCAAGCAGCAUUCCUCCGAAUCAGUCAACUCUGUACAAGCCAUUCAUGUCGAAGCAGAACUCCCAGCCUCCUGACCAUGCGGCCCACGCUAUUCAACCGUUACGCGUGCAACCAGAUGAUACGACCCAUAGCCUUCAACCGUUGCAUGUGCAACCACAACCUUCGCCGGAGCAGCAGAACUUUCUGUAUCCGAUCAAGGACUCGAUUUCAAGUCAGCCCGCGCCGUCUUCCUUCAGCGAGCUUGCUUCGACUAACCGACCAUACAACAACCAUCUUCUCCCACCCAACCUCAACGACUUCGAGGGCAGCAACGAUUUCUCGUCCCUUCCAAGCUUCAAUCAUGACAGCAAGAGCUCUCUAGCCCUCGGAAAAGAACUCGUGCCUGUCGGCAAAGAAUGGCUAUCUCCCUCUCUCUCGGAUACAAAGUAUGUAGACCUCGAGCCUCUGCAGCCUGACCACGCAAGGACGUAUGAGGAUGAGCAGUUGAAGGACCCCUCUAUGUCCUCCUUAUCUUCCCAGCUCAUGGAUCUUUCGUGGAAGUCGCAACCAUCCACCUUCAACGAGCUUGUCAAACCUCACGCGUUCACGCAAGGCCCACAGGACUCUCUCAACCGAAAUCUGCAGCAAAUCAUGCAGGAAAUGUCGAGCCAUCAGGGCAACGGGCACGAAAGUUCUAAUGUUUCCUUCUCUCAUGCUUUCCCCAACAACCUCAACGGCUCUCUCCACUCUUCUCUUCCAGCCUUUCCCUCUUCUGCAAUGUCACUUUCUGAAGUAGAGGACAACCUUGCCGCAAGAGGGCAGGUGGAGCAGAGCUCGUUGUCGUGGGAGCCAAACAAUGCUGGUGUGACAGUCGAGCAACAAAGAAAGAUGGCUCGCUCUGAAGAUCUGAAGAAGUUGCCAGACGCCUGCAUGCGCUGGAACCACGAAGGCAGGAUGUUCGAGUGUCGUGUUGAGCUGAACAAGUACAAGCUCGUCAGCUGCAACCUUGCCUGGCCCCUCAACGACUCUGACGUCGUGGAGAUCUGGCCGAUCUUUGUCUCCAUGAUGGAGAGAAGAAUCAUGCAGUUGGACCCAUCCAAGGACUUCAUCAUCUUUGUGGACGUUUCGUUUGAAGAGAACAACCUCGGAGAUCUCGCCGUGAUGACUGUCUGCCAAGGGCUCGGCGAGAUCCUCAAGCGCCCGAGGCCCAACGUCUGGCUGCGAUCCCUUGACUUCGCCUUCAACUUCGUCUCCGACGUCGGAUGCCUCCACAUCUCGCAGCUCAUGGACUCCAACCUGCGUACUGGGUCCGACGCGAUCAAGCAGUUCCUUGCGGACAAGUCGAAGACCUCUCAAGUCCCUGCUCCCUCCAUCACGCUGAGGCUCUCCUACAACUGCAUCUCUUCGUCGGGGGCCAACGUUCUCGCAGAGAAGCUGUGCAGAUACAACGCAAAGUUCUCCUCGCAGUCCAAGGGCGCUCCUCCCUCUGCCCUCAACGCAAAGAUGCAGAUCGGAUACAACAAGAUAGACAUGCGCAUGGUCAGCUCUGCGACCCUCGACCCUCAGAACGAGAAGCGAGACGGUGAAAUCUCCAUUUACUUGUGGGUUGGUGAUGACAACCCGGCAGACAUGGCAGACAUUGACUGGGGUUACCACGCCAAACCUCGGCAGUUCAUGUCUAUAGACCUUCUCGAUACUUUCUUCUUCGAGCUUUGCUUGAAGAGGCUGCACAAGACAAGAACCCCGGCUGAUGUUCCCCUUCUCAUCGUGCCAGACACGACUUCCUUCUUGCGUAUGAUGCAAGGCGAGUACGGCAAGCCACCUGACCUCAACAUCCACUUCUUGCAAGGAGGGCAGGAUCACGUGCCGCCGGUGAUGAUUGUGAUGAUCGGAUCGGUCUACCGAUCCCUGUGGCACUUGGUGGAGAGUCACUCCACGACACAAUCGGACCGAGUUGCCAUCUUGCACCUUCUUGGAACUUGUUUGAACAAGGCUCACGAUGCAAGCAAGAUUCUCUUGCUAGAGACUGACAGCAACUUUCAUUCAACCCAAAAGCAGUUUGAGGAGAUGUCGAACGUGUCGCACUGGAAGUCUUCUCCCUCCAUUGCCACGAUUUUGGAAUCUUUGGACACUAUGAACACAUCUUGCAGUAUACGACAAGGACUGACCUGA